AUGCCCGCGCGAAAAAAUGCGGAUCAGACUCCUGCUGAAAAGUCGAGUGAACUAAAACAUUUGCAGGACAGCUUAACAAGAUUUUUUACGCCGGCAAAUCGAAGGCGUUCUAGAGUUGCACAGUCAUCAUUCUCUUUGGAAAGGCUUCAACCAGGAACAUCAUCGUCUCGGUUUUUUUCAAGCAAAAAUAGCUCAAAAAAGGAUUUGAAUAAAGACAAAGUCGGGCACUCAAAACCACUGACGAGGCUUUCAGUGAAAGAUUUGAAAAAAAAUGGUGUCCCUCCGGAAAUCAAAAGAUCAGUGCCUAGCAAAACAACCCAUCACCUUUCUAUUAUAUCAGUUGAUACAAAAGUUGGUGAAUUGCAGUCUUCUGUUUCGCAGCAACCUUCUACAAGUUCUUCGUUAAAAUCAGUUAUUAUGAGUAAAUUGACAAGCAUUUAUGCUUCAUUCACGAAAUCUUCAGCUCAGUCAACACCAUCGCCAAAUCGUCGCACUGAUGCACUUUUGGAUGCAUUGUCUCCUUAUUUUAGUGCAGCUUCUGAAAAAAGACGAAUUUUCUCCAAGGGACAGUAUGUACAUCUCUCUGGUGGCCGGACUAAAACAAAAAGUGGUGAUGGCAUCAUUAUUCGUGAGGAAACUACGUUAGCUUCAAGCUGUGUGUGUCAACCUCAUAGUAGUACAACCGAUCAUACUCAAGAUGAAUUCUCCGUAGAUAUCACUGGGUGUCGACGAGAUUCAUGUCGUUCGAGAAAGCGAUUAGCAGUGCUUAGUAAUGAACCACUUACAUCAGAUCGACAUUCAUCAUUAACGGUGAGGUGUUCGUCACGAAAUUCGUCAUUAAUUAGCACGUCAGUGCAGCCAUCAUCAUCAAAAUUGAAAAGCUUGCUCUCAAAAAAACUCGUAUCACAGCGCAGACUGCGAACAGCUUCAAUUAUUCGGAAAGCUAAGUCGCAUAAAACACGAUUGAAAUCACUGAAGCAUUCAUCUUCUCGUCUACAGUCAAGGAAAUUUUUGAUAUCUCUUCGUCAGCCUAAUUUAAAAGAAUUAAAUAUGACUAGAAGAGAGAUUUCGCUUGAAGAUCCAGUAAUAAUAACAGAUGAAGAUCGCGAAUUAUUUAGUCUUGCUCGCAAAUUAGCUCAUCAGGAUUUUGAUGUUCACUCCAAAAAUCUCACUUCAUCCCAGCCAAACAGUACAUGUGAAGAAACUUUGCAACAUCCAAAAGCAAUACGAAUCGGCGCUUUCGAAAUUGAAGCAUGGUAUUCAGCACCAUAUCCCGCAGAAUAUGCUCAUUUGUCAAUCUUAUAUAUAUGCGAGUUUUGUAUGAAAUACAUGAGAAGUUCGGAAAUCAAACAAAGGCAUUCGGAGCGAUGUUUGCUUCGGCAUCCUCCUGGUAACGAAAUUUAUCGAAAAGAUGACGUUUCUGUAUUUGAGGUCGAUGGUCACCAUUCAAAAAUGUACUGUCAAAAUAUUUGUCUCUUGGCGAAGCUGUUUUUGGAUCACAAGACAUUGUAUUAUGAUGUAGAACCAUUCUUAUUCUACGUGGUUACCAAGAACAAUAACAGCGGAUUUCACUUCGUUGGGUAUUUUUCCAAAGAGAAGUACAACUCAAGGAAACAUAAUUUAUCAUGCAUUAUGAUUUUACCAUCUUAUCAGAAACAAGGUUUCGGACGAUUUUUAAUUGAUUUUAGUUUCUUAUUAAGUCGAAAGGAAGGGUUGAAUGGAACACCUGAGAAGCCUCUAUCUGAUCUCGGUCGUUGUGCAUAUAAAAGUUAUUGGCGAUCAGCUAUUUGUGAGUAUCUGUACCUAACAACUUCAAAGGACAAGACAAAACGUUUGACUCUAAAAGGUAUUGCACGUGGGACAGGUAUAUCUGUUUACGAUGUCAUCGAAACAUUGCAGUCAUUGAAUAUGCUUCAGAUAAUCAAUUCUGAAAUAAGACUUGUUUUGAACCUAUCUUUGUUAAAAAAUCAAUGGACAAAAUCAAGAAAUGAUGCAAAACGUAUUUGGUUAGAUGAAACGAAGUUAUUGUGGUCUCCAGUUAUGCAUUCGCCUUCAUUUGAAUGCAACGAUAGACCAGCACAUGCAUUCCGUUCCCCUUUUAGUAGUCCGAUUCGAAAAACAGUGCAGCAUGAUCGUACCUUUUUAUUGCAAAAAAAAACGAUUCGUAGCAUACAAAAGUAUGCAACCGGUAAAAAUUUGUUUCAUGCAAACAUUUCUGACACACGCAAGGCAACGUUAAAAAAACGUCAAUCUGAAAUCAGUACAGUGAACGACGAAAAAAAAGCACUAGUCAGCAUUGAAACUACAUGUCGAGGCGAGCAACAGAAUAAGUUACUUUGGGGGAAAACAAGUGGUGAUGACGAUUCUGAGGGUGAUAUAGCAUCAAAAAAAGGAGCGAGAAAAAAUAUACGAAUUGCUCAGGCAAAUGAAAAGAAAAUGCCGAAGAAAAGUUCUGCUUAUCAUCGUUCUCGAAAAAGUGGGACCAAAAGAGUUGUGGAGCUUGAACACCUUUCGUACUCAUCAUCUUCUGAGAGUGAUUUAUCUAAUCCAAAUGACAUCAAGAAUUAUAAGCGAAAAACUAAAAAAGUGUACUAUAAGCCUAAACAUAGAAGUGUUCUAUCUCGAUCACUUUUAAAACAAAGCAAAGAAAAAAGUAUUGGAAAAAUCGAAUCAAUUGAACUAAAUAACGUCAGUGAACACGAUAUGUGUACUAAAGCUGAAAUCUCGUCCAAAAAAAUAAAUCCAGAUUACCAUCAACCACAUCUUCACUCGUCAUCAUUAAGCGACUCAAGUGGUUCAGAGAAGUCAUCUGAUGCUUCAUGUUUAGUUUCGAAGCAAUGCAAAGCUGAUAGUGGUAUAAAAUCUGGAGCACCCAGCAACGAAAAGCCACCGGAGUUGCUAAAAGACUCAUCGAUCUCUCAGAAACUAGAUGUAAAUCAUGAAUCAGGAAAUGAAGCACUACAUAACUGUGCUUUGACUUCUACUGAUCGUCAUGCAUUAGGAAACAAUGAAAAACGUUUGGAACUUACUUUUGAUAACGAGGACGAGUUGCCACCAACUCUUGAGGCAGAUGGUGUUGCAAAGAUGAACAUUGAUCAGAAUGAAAAUACAUUUGAUGAUAAAGAGAAGCCGAUGAAGGAAUGUGAAAGUCCAGAUAGAUCACAUGGCUCCAGAAGUAGUUUUGCUAGUGGGAUGCCGCUUCUUCGUUUAAGCGUUGCAGGCAAUGAAAGUACAUAUGAUGGUGAAGACGAAGAUAUCCCACCUAGACUAUCUCCGAAUUUUUCUGUGCUUGAAACGUGCGAAGCUAAUAGUCCGAAAGAGCAUGAAACAAUACCUAUCCUCUCUGAAACAGUAUCCAAUAAGUCUGCUCCUGAUCUACUUUUGACCUCUUCACCUUCGAAAUCUCGUGACACAGCUGUCUGUAUAGCAAAUAAUUUGAAGUCAAGGAUCGCAUCUGUCACAAACAACAUUUGUGAAAUGGUUAACCUUGGUGGUGAUGCAGGAAGUGAAGGGGAAAGUGAGGCUGAACAAAAGGAAUCAAUUGGUGGGCAUGUAAGCCACAGGAAAAGUGGAAAAUCCGAAGUUCUGCCUCUGAGAGCUGAGGUGUCAGCACUAGAUAGACCUCCAAAAGCGCCAGCUAUGUUUCUGGUUCCAAAUGAAGAACAUUUGGAUGAAAAAAGCGGGUCAGUCGAAAAAAGUAGUUCAGCAGAAACAGCUGAUCAAACAAUAUUCCAAAGCAAUAGCUGCCGACAGUCAACUGUAAUUCUCAAUCAGUCACCGAUUUUGCCUCCAAGUUCAAUUCAUUCAGAUAUCUCUUCUCAGAGCUUUGUAUCUCCACCAUGCUCUUUACAAAAACGCAACGCGUCGGAUGCAUCCAGCCGUACUCCUCUUUCGCAGGUGGAGGCUAGUCCUGGAGAAAUAUUUAUUGGUUCUGCCGAAAGAAAUACCGUUCGCUCUAAUCCCUCAACACCUCAUCAUUUGUCGGCGCAAGCGCAUUCGAAUAUUUUGUUUUCUUCUGCAACAUCAGAAAUGUGUCUACCUAUGAUUGAAGAAACACCAACUAUGACGAGCAAUACAAAAAGCUUAAGGAAAUCCUCAGCGUCAACAAGUCUACCAUCGGUUACAACACAACAACAUUCUCAUCGUCGUAACUCCAAAAAAGAUCAAAGUCGUUCAUCAAAAAACACGAUGACUAGUCAAAGAACAUCGAUGUUCAUGCCUCCAACACCUCUUCCACCCUAUGUACUAGCGGCGCCAAAUGCAGGACAAUCGUUCAUGGGUUCAUCCCAGGUUACUCACUCGCAAACAGGACCUUAUUAUGCAAGCAAUUAUGCCAGUCCUCGACAUCACGCAUACUUUGAUCCACAAUUUCAUUCAAAUGCAUUGUCAACAGCAGCUGCUUCUGCAGCUUAUCCGUCAUCAGCUGUCAAUUAUCCAUCUCACCUAAGUGGUAUAAGCAAAGCACAUCCUAUUGGGGCUGCAGCCGUUCAAAGUGGCUUUCCUUAUUCUUAUCCUCGUGGCAUGCAUCAGGGUAGCGCCAAUGGGGGAUUAUCAAACUCAGCUGGAGCCAUUGGUCCUGUGACUCCGCAUCAAAUGAUUGGUGUUCAAUGUUCGGAAUUGCAGAGUAGUGCUCAAGCUGGCGCAGCGGCUUCUUGGAGAUAUCCUACUCCGUCAGCUGCUUUUUCGGGUAAUUUUAUUGAUGCUUUUGGUGGUGGUAUGCCUCCGACAGCUAGUGGUAGCCAAUUUUCAUUACCUAAUCAGCUUUAUUAUCAACAUGGGUAUCAUCCAUAUCUAAUGCCGAUGAUGCGGAAUGACUAG